UGAAAGGGUUAAGGUACUUGCCAAAGUCCUGGGUUAGCAGAUCCAAGUUUCAGAGCGAAAGGGCACGGGGUCUCCCCAGGUGAUACUGAUGUUAAAAUGGGAGACGUCUUCCACUUUUUUCUCUUAGGCCUGACAACCCAAUUUGUAGUUCCCCAGCAAGGGGUGUCUCUGAAGUCAAGGACCAAUACCCCGUUUAGGGCGUGGAGGUCUGGGCGCGGACCUAAACUAAAGCCAAAAUCUAUCCUAACUCAUAUUUUGGCUCAUAACUCUUCAUAUGCACCAGUGACACUCCACCCACGGGUAGAUUAUUAUGCAGACACGUCUGAGGAUUGA